AUGUCUCACGGCAGAUCGCUGGCCUUGAGCCAGAAUACGUUUAUUCGGCCUCCGUCUCACGAAGAACCGCCCGAGAAAUCCGACGCCGAUGAGCCGCCGAGUCGGCCGAAACGACAAGCCAACGUCUACGAUGCUGUAGCCGGCCGUCUUAAUGCCCAUGGCUUUCUCCCCCCGGUGCCGUAUCCAUCGAAAUAUCGGGACUGGGCGUCUUCCACGUCUCGCCCGGUCCGUCCAGAAGAAGUCCUGUUCCGUCGGCAGAACGCCCCGGUGCGCUACGAAGAGAACGAUCGCUACUUCGCCCACGAGUCGCUGCCCUCCGACCGACCCCUGCCGAGUUCCGAUCUGCUCGAGGCCAUCCAUGCCUACUCCGCCGAUUUCUACGACCGGGCCACCAUCGAUCGCGGCCAAGAUGAUUACCAGAGCAUGGAUGAGACGGCCCUCAUCGCAAUGGGCAUAUUGAUGGAGGAGAUGGCGCGCGAGUCGCUGGGGGAAACCGGUGACAUGGUCCUGGUCGAGGGGGAAGAAAUUACGGACGACGAGAAGGGUCGACUCUCGAAAAUAAAGCCCCAACCAGUAGGUCGCAAACGGGCAAAUACGCAGAGUAGCAUCCUUCCCAGCUCCGGCGACGAUACGGAAAACGUGGUUAAGCGAAAGCCAUCGAAGAAGCGCAAAUUAGCUCGUCGCGUGUGGAAGAUGGAUGGAGACAUCGAAUUGGAUUGA